AUGGCAUAUGAGAAAGUCUUAUUUCCGGUAGUAUUUACUGGAAAGAAAAAAUACUACGGCAUUUCACAUACAAAUAAGCCCAACUUUAAUAAUAAGCUUUUCAUUCAAGGGGUUGAGAUUGUAAAGCGGAGGCAGUCUAAACACUUUUGUGAGGUGGGUAAGAAGGUCAUGGAUGAAUCUAUGAGGCUGGAUAAUGAUAAUACUCGCACCUUGCAUCGGAUUGUGGAGGAUGUGCUCAAAGAGACCAUAAAUAAUAUUUUACAGAUAGAUCUUAAUGGAGUG